UCGAUAGUCGAUGUGUUUAUCAUAUCGAUGAUUGGAUCGCACGCGCAGCCCACGAUAACAACCUGUCAGGUAGACAAGGCAAGACAGUUUACCUUCCCGUGAAAUGGCGUACGACAAUAGAAUCGUAUUUUAGUGUUUUCGAGACGGAUUUGUCGUGCAAACGGCUGCUGCGCGAUGAUAUGACAUCAGUGUGCUCGUACUUAGAUGAAUUACAAUGCGAUUAUCAUGUGGAUGUGUCGGGUGUGAGGAAGAGAAAGUGUCGCGUGAAACGUUUGAGCCUUCAAUGAUGUGGAUGAGGUCGUUUGCGCAAGCGACGGCGGAGCGCGGGCGGGCGGUCCCGGCGCGGGCGCGCCUGCUGCGAGCGCUCCCGCCGCCGCUGCUACUGCUGGCUCUGCUACUCCUUGUGGGUGGCACAUGGGGCGCGGACCUGGUGAUCGAGAUCCCGGGCUCCGGCGCCGGCGCGGCCGACCCGGGCGGGGAGUACCGGCUGGACUACCGGCCACCGCAUGGCUCACCGGCACCCAACUUCACCGUCCCGGCCCGGGCCUCCACCAUCAACUUCCAGGGGCUCCCGGGCACCAAAUACCACUUCAUGCUAUACUACUCCAAUGCUACCUUUGCUGAUCUGCUUACUUGGAAUCAGACUAUCAUUACUGCGCCGGAGCCGCCGACGAACCUGACGGUGUCGCUGUCGCGCAACAAGCAGGCUACCAUCGCCUGGGCGCCGCCGUCGCACGGAGAAUACACCGGCUUCCGCUUCAAGGUGAUCCCUCUGACGGAGCGGACGGAGGGCGGAGCCCGCAAUAUCACCGUGGAGGCGCCGGAGACUCCGGGCGCCGGCUGGACGCACACGCUGAAGGAGUUGUCUCCCGGCGCCACCUACCAGCUGCACGCCUUCACGCUGCUGCACGACAAGGAGAGCGCUGCGUACGCCAGCCGGAACUUUACAACCAGUGACGCCGCCACGCGACCGCUGGCGCCCGUGGUGCGCACCUGGGGCGGCGCGGCGCGGCAGCUGUCGCUGGCGUGGAGCUCUGACGUCAACUCGCGGCAGGACCACUACGAGCUGCGGCACCGCCGCCGGCCCGAGCCCGGCGCCGCUCUGGACGACCCCGAGUACACCUUUAAGACGAUAACGACAACGGACACUAACGCGACGUUGUCCGGCCUGUUCCCGGGCGCCGUGUAUGAGGUGACGGUGGCGGCCGUGAGCCACGGGCUGCGUAGCGAGCGGCACACUGUCUUCAAGCCCGUCCGUCCUCUGCCUCCGACGUGGAUGGGCGUGGAGCGAGCCACGUCCAACUCGGUGGUGGUCCGCUGGCGCGGCCCCGGGUCAGGGUCCAAGCUCGGCGCCUUCCUGCUGCAGUACCGCACGCACUCCGAGCAGAAGUGGACCAAGCUGCCGCCGCUGCAGCCGGACAUCAACGAAGCCGAGGUUGUGGACAUGACACACGGCGAACGUUACACGAUCCAACUGGACACGCUGAGCGAGGCGGUGGCGGGUGACAGUGUGGACAGCGGCGAGCCGCGGGAGGCCGACCACACCGUCCGCCCCAACCCGGUGUCGAACGUGGCCGCCCUGGUGGACACGCGCAACAUGACGCUGGAGUGGCCGGUGCCCGCGGGCCGCGUGGAGCGCUACGGGCUCCGCUGGUGGCCGCGCCCCGACGAGGUCCCCGACGCGGUGCCAGCCGCGCGGAACUUGACGGCCGAGCCGGGCGUGAAGACUGUUAGAGCCCUGCUCGACGCACUGGAGCCGGGCGUGGGGUACACGUUGACGGUACACGCCGUGUCUUAUAACCUGACCAGUGAUCUCUUCACUAUGGAGACAAGGACCCGGCCGCUGAUACAGUCCGAGAUGACGAUCGUGAACGAGCCAGAGGCCGAGGUCGGCAACGACACGCUGCCUGCCAUUAGAGUUUUAUACACACUGACGCCGGCGACGGCUUCCCGCUUCGACUCGUACCGGUUCCGGCUGGAGGGCGGGCCCGGCGAGGCGCAGGAGCAGACGCGCUCCGCCACCGCGCCCGCCGCGCGCGUCGAGUUCGCGCGCCUCGUGCCCGGCCGGCUCUACAACGUCACCAUGUGGACCGUGUCCGGCAACGUGACGUCACACCCCGUGCAGCGCCCGGUACGUUACAUACAGGAGCAGACCGCGCCCGCCGCGCGCGUCGAGUUCGCGCGCCUCGUGCCCGGCCGGCUCUACAACGUCACCAUGUGGACCGUGUCCGGCAACGUCACACCCCGUGCAGCGCCCGGUACGUUACAUACAGGAGCAGACCGCGCCCGCCGCGCGCGUCGACGCCCGGUACGUUACAUACAGGAGCAGACCGCGCCCGCCGCGCGCGUCGAGUUCGCGCGCCUCGUGCCCGGCCGGCUCUACAACGUCACCAUGUGGACCGUGUCCGGCAACGUGACGUCACACCCCGUGCAGCGCCCGGUACGUUACAUACAGGAGCAGACCGCGCGCGUCGAGUUCGCGCGCCUCGUGCCCGGCCGGCUCUACAACGUCACCAUGUGGACCGUGUCCGGCAACGUGACGUCACACCCCGUGCAGCGCCCGGUACGUUACAUACAGGAGCAGACCGCGCGCGUCGAGUUCGCGCGCCUCGUGCCCGGCCGGCUCUACAACGUCACCAUGUGGACCGUGUCCGGCAACGUGACGUCACACCCCGUGCAGCGCCCGGUACGUUACAUACAGGAGCAGACCGCGCGCCAGACCGCGCCCGCCGCGCGCGUCGAGUUCGCGCGCCUCGUGCCCGGCCGGCUCUACAACGUCACCAUGUGGACCGUGUCCGGCAACGUGACGUCACACCCCGUGCAGCGCCCGACGCGUCUGUACCCGCGGCCGGUGGCGUACCUGAAGCAGCUGGCGCUGGGCGCGCGCAACGUGACGCUGGCGUGGCCCGAGCCGGCCGGCGACUACACGGACUUCGAGCUGCAGUACCUCACCGCCGAGGACACGCUCGAGGCGCGCUCCACCACCGGCACCGAGUACACCGUGCAGGACCUCCAGCCGCACACCAACUACGUGUUCACCAUCGAGGUGCGGUCGGGCACGCCGGCGACGCUGAUGACGCGCUCGGCGGGGCUGUCGGUGCAGCUGGCCACGCGCCAGGCCGCGCCGCCCGCGCCGCGCAGCUUCCACCCCACCGACGCCAAGCCCAGCCAGCUCACCUUCGCGUGGGACCUGCCCGCCAACCAGGCCAAUGGCGUACUCGAAAAGUUCGUCAUCGAGUACGCCCCGCAGAACCAGCCCGAGAAAAACACUACUAUUACUUUCCCGCCUGAAGCACGGUCGGGCGUGGUGGCGGGGCUGACGCCGGGCGGCACGUACAGCUUCCGGCUGUGGGCGGCGACCGGCGCGGGCUCGGGCCCGGCGGCGCGCUGGACGCAGCACCUCGCCAUCGCGGCGCCGCCGCGGCCCGCGCCGCACCAGCUGCCCGCCGCCGUGCGCGCCACGCCCACCACGGUCUCCGUGCGCUUCCGGAACGACUUCUUCAGCUCCGCCAACGGCAACGUGUCGGCGUACGCGCUGGUGGUCGCGCAGGAGCCGAGGAACGACUCCAGCGACCGCCUGCCGUCGUGGCGCGACGUGCACGCCCUGCCCGUGUGGCCGCCGUACCAGGUGACGGAGCCCUACUUCCCGUUCCACCACAGCUCGGUGGAGGAGUACACGAUCGGGUCGGAGCGGUGCGAGUCCAGCGGGCGCGCGUACUGCAACGGGCCGCUGCGGCCCGGCGCCGCGUACUACGUGAAGCUGCGCGCCUACACCGCGCCCGACAAGUUCACCGACACCGCUUACGCCGUCGUAUACACCGGUCACUCGGUGGAGGAGUACACGAUCGGGUCGGAGCGGUGCGAGUCCAGCGGACGCGCGUACUGCAACGGGCCGCUGCGGCCCGGCGCCGCGUACUACGUGAAGCUGCGCGCCUACACCGCGCCCGACAAGUUCACCGACACCGCUUACGCCGUCGUAUACACCGGUCACUCGGUGGAGGAGUACACGAUCGGGUCGGAGCGGUGCGAGUCCAGCGGGCGCGCGUACUGCAACGGGCCGCUGCGGCCCGGCGCCGCGUACUACGUGAAGCUGCGCGCCUACACCGCGCCCGACAAGUUCACCGACACCGCUUACGCCGUCGUAUACACCGGUCACUCGGUGGAGGAGUACACGAUCGGGUCGGAGCGGUGCGAGUCCAGCGGGCGCGCGUACUGCAACGGGCCGCUGCGGCCCGGCGCCGCGUACUACGUGAAGCUGCGCGCCUACACCGCGCCCGACAAGUUCACCGACACCGCUUACGCCGUCGUAUACACCGGUCACUCGGUGGAGGAGUACACGAUCGGGUCGGAGCGGUGCGAGUCCAGCGGGCGCGCGUACUGCAACGGGCCGCUGCGGCCCGGCGCCGCGUACUACGUGAAGCUGCGCGCCUACACCGCGCCCGACAAGUUCACCGACACCGCUUACGCCGUCGUAUACACCGGUCACUCGGUGGAGGAGUACACGAUCGGGUCGGAGCGGUGCGAGUCCAGCGGGCGCGCGUACUGCAACGGGCCGCUGCGGCCCGGCGCCGCGUACUACGUGAAGCUGCGCGCCUACACCGCGCCCGACAAUAUUACCUAUGACUGCACGUUCCACCACAGCUCGGUGGAGGAGUACACGAUCGGGUCGGAGCGGUGCGAGUCCAGCGGGCGCGCGUACUGCAACGGGCCGCUGCGGCCCGGCGCCGCGUACUACGUGAAGCUGCGCGCCUACACCGCGCCCGACAAGUUCACCGACACCGCUUACGCCGUCGUAUACACCGAGGUGGACAACACGGCGUGGAUCAUCGGCGUGUGCGCGGGCGCGGCGUGCGUGGCGGCGGCGGGCGCGGCGUGGGCGGCGCUGCGCCGGCGCCGACCGCGCGCCGCGCCCGCCGCACCCGCGCCCGCGCCGCGCGUCUGCCGCCCCGUGCCAGUCGCCGACUUCGUCGACCAUUACCGGCUCAUGUCCGCCGAUUCUGACUUUAGGUUCAGCGAGGAGUUCGAAGAGCUGAAGCACGUGGGGCGCGAGCAGCCGUGCACGGCGGCCGACCUGCCCGUGAACCGGCCCAAGAACCGGUUCACCAACAUCCUGCCCUACGACCACUCGCGCUACAAACUGCAGCCCGUCGACGACGAGGAAGGCUCCGACUACAUCAACGCCAACUACGUGCCGGGUCAUUCAAGCCCGCGCGAGUUUAUAGUGACGCAAGGCCCGCUGCACUGCACGCGCGACGACUUCUGGCGCAUGGUGUGGGAGUCCGGCUCGCGUGCCAUAGUCAUGCUGACCAGAUGUGUGGAGAAGGGCCGCGAGAAAUGCGACCGCUACUGGCCGUACGACACCCGGCCGGUGUACUACGGCGACAUCGCCGUGACCGCGCUCAACGAGUCGCGCUUCCCCGACUGGACGAUCACUGAGCUGCUGGCCUCGCGCGGCGCCGAGCAGCGCGUCGUCAAGCACUUCCACUUCACCACGUGGCCCGACUUCGGCGUGCCCGACCCGCCCACCACGCUGGCCAGGUUCGUGCGCGCGUUCCGCGAGCGGUGUCCGCCGGACGCGCGGCCAGUGGUCGUGCACUGCUCGGCGGGCGUGGGCCGCUCCGGCACGUUCAUCACGCUGGACCGCGCGCUGCAGCAGCUGGCCGCGCGCGCCGACACGCUCGACAUCUUCGGCAUGGUCUACGCCAUGCGCCGCGAGCGCGUGUGGAUGGUGCAGACCGAGCAGCAGUACAUCUGCAUCCACCAGUGCGUGGUGGCAGCGUUGGAAGGCGCGGACCUACAGCCGCCGCUCGGACUCAACCAUCACAUGCACCACAACCAGGCCUUCGAAGACGACGAAGGUAUCGCAGAGUCCGGCAUGUGAGACGUCGCACUUAACUUAUAUACAUUCUCUCGUUGUAGUUAUACAUAAGUCACAGCUGUUUAGCGUUAAGUUUUGUAUUCAUAUAUUUUUAUAUACGUCGUUCACGGAAUGA